AAUGAGAAACCUUAAAUGAUUCCCGGGAUAAAAGGUAGUACCAGUGAGAAAUCAAAGUUUGGGAAAUUCAGUGUUGAGCGGGGCGCUCUUGAGUGGCGCCUCCGCCUGCACAAAAACGUCACUGCAACGUGCGAGCAGCGCGGCGACAUGUCCGCGUCGCCCCAGCCAGUGGCCUGCGACGAGCGAGCCCGCACCCCCAGGGCCGCCGCCUCUCCGCCUUCCGCGCCGCGAUCGCCAGCCCCGGCUCACGCCGUCCUCGCCACCAUGACGCCAGUCCAGCCCGCUCACGACUACUAUCCGCACAAAGUAGAAAUGGACUCCGAUGACGGCUAUCCGCCAGAGGCACACUCGUACCGCCACUCACCACACGAGCUGGCCGCAUAUGCCCCAGAUAGUAAAGUUCCUGUUCAGCCUGAUGUUUACGACCAGGGAAUGGAAUCAAUCGAUGAAAAGACCCCCAUAGAUCUCAUAUACGAAGACGACAAAGAGACUGUUAUUUAUACUACGACACCGGAUCAGAAGCGGGUAGAAAUGAUAAGUGGGCAGCUGGAAGAUGGGCAGCUAGUUAGCGGUAGUGGACAACUAGUCGAUGGAGGCGUCUCAGUAGUAGUUGGAGCUCCAGGUCAAGGCACCGUAUUAGUUCUUGCUGAUGAAUUAGGACAAGUCAUCACUAUACCAAGACGGCGUAAAGAAGUGAUGGAGGUGAGCGGGGACUCCUGGCGAGCGUACUACACCACAGGCCCGGAACACCCCCUGAGCGCCGCCACCUCCGCAGUCCUCGGGGUUGACGACCAGCAGCCACAGUCCCUUGUCACUGAUUACUACAAGCUCCCUCCGCUAGCUCAAGACACUCAUCUCAGUCUCCAUAAGGAAGUAUGGCCGGCCGGCGGCGCGCUGAAGGCGGCCAAUGGGGCGCACGGGGCGGAGCUGGGCGAGCUGUCGGGCCUGCUCCACGCGGGCCUCGUGAAGCGCGAGCCCGAAGAUCUGAGCCGCAAGGUGGUCGACGAGGCCGAACACGCGCUCAAGCCGCGACAUAAGGUGGCGGUCGGUGACUCUGGCGAAGCUGCGUCGCCGUCCCCGGUGCCAUCCCGGGCCUCUUCCGCAGGCUCGCUACUGCCGGACGCGGCGAUGUAUGCCGCCCAGAUGUUCGCCCCCCCGGGCACCCCCAGUCCGACACCUUACGGUGACCAGUACCCCAGGCAGUCGACGACGUUCGCGGGAGACCCCUAUUACAGAGAAUACUUUGUAGGGGAUGGGUACCAACAAAGAACUGCCCCACCGUACAGUGAUACAGAAUCGACUUCGGCUUCCGCAUUCGGUGAUCGCUAUGCCUCAGCACCACGAUACCACAGCAAGAGUGUGAUUGCAGCCGCUGGCCUCACUGUCGAUCUGCCCUCACCAGACAGCGGCAUCGGAGCCGAUGCUGUGACCCCCCGAGAUCACACAGCUGUUCAGCAGUCGUUCGAGUACACGGUAAUAUGCCAGCAGCCCGGAGUGGGUGAAGAUGGGCGAGGCACCCCCGCGGCGCACCACUCGCCGGCCCAAGCGCCGCGCACGAGGCCCUGGCACGACUUCGGCAGGCAAAAUGAUGCUGACAAAAUACAAAUAGCUAAAGUGUUUUCACCGUAUGGAUUCAAAUAUCACUUAGAGACAGCGAGCAGUAGUUCACAGAGGCGAGAGGAUGAUCGAAUAACGUAUAUCAAUAAGGGUCAGUUCUAUGGCAUCACGUUGGAAUACGUUCACGAUCCCGAUAAACCACUGAAGAAUCAAACAGUUAAGAGUGUGGUUAUGCUUAUGUUCCGAGAAGAGAAAUCCCCUGAAGAUGAGAUCAAGGCGUGGCAGUUUUGGCAUGGAAGACAACACUCGGUGAAACAAAGAAUAUUAGACGCUGACACAAAGAACAGCAUCGGUCUAGCGGGCUGCAUAGAGGAGGUCGCCCACAAUGCCAUCGCCGUCUAUUGGAAUCCCCUUGAAAGCGCCGCAAAAAUAAAUAUUGCCGUACAGUGUUUGAGUACGGAUUUCAGCAGUCAAAAAGGUGUUAAGGGUUUGCCACUUCACAUUCAGAUUGACACUUUUGAAGACCCAAGAGACACGCAAGUUUAUCACAGGGGCUACUGUCAAAUUAAGGUGUUCUGUGACAAGGGCGCUGAAAGAAAAACAAGAGAUGAAGAAAGAAGAGCAGCAAAAAGGAAAAUGUCAGCAACAAAUAGAAAGAAGCUUGAUGAAAUAUACCACCCAGUUACGGAACGAAGCGAAUUUUAUUCAAUGGCGGAUUUAACCAAACCACCAGUACUGUUCAGUCCAGCUGAGGAUAUCGAUAAACUGGCUGGAAUGGACAUUCAGGGUUUUUAUGGACAUGAUGAAGCCGCUCUUGCUGAAGCUCAUCUUAAGGGCGCGUCCCCCUUCCUAUUGCACGCUGCAAAGCCUCAGGCACCAGCUCUUAAAUUCCACAACCACUUCCCACCAGAUGCACCUGCGUAUCGGUCUGACGUCGGUGGACUGUCGCCAUAUAGCGAUCGUAAGGAUUCCUUAGAACUUGAAGGGGUAUUGGGCAAAAGAGCGCGCACCUCCACGCCGCCUCUCAGCGAACGCGUGAUGCUGUAUGUACGCCAGGACACGGACGACGUCUACACGCCUCUGCACGUGGUCCCACCUACGACACAGGGUCUUCUGCACGCUAUUGAGAAUAAGUACAAAAUUUCAAGUUCGGCAAUUAAUAAUCUUUAUCGAAAGAACAAGAAAGGGAUUACGGCCAAAAUUGACGAUGAAAUGCUGGCGUACUAUUGUAACGAGGAUUUGUUCCUGCUGGAGGUGCGGCCGGCGGGGUCCAGCGAGGAUGAGCCUCUUUACGAUAUCACAUUCGUGGAGCUGCCUUUAGAGCACUAGUUUUUGACCAAUCAUCGCCCUUCACCUCUACCAAGUGAUGACGAGAACGAUCCCAUUGCUUCGUUCUUGUGAACGUUCGCCAGGUUUAAGUGCUCAUAGUCUCACAAAUUGUUUGUGGCGAACUCAAAAUGUACUUUUUACAUUCCAAGUUUUUCACUCACUAUUAAGAAUAAGGUUGUCUCAAGAAGUCGUCGAUCUCAGAUUGAAUUUUACUUUUAAGAGGUUCAUCACCAUAACACUCAUCUUAAUGAACGAAUGUCACAAAUAAUGGUUGAACGUUUUGUACCCCGGGAGAAGCGGGACUGCCUUGUAUAUAUCUAUUAGUGCCUUAUGAAAUUACACAGAAAUAAUGGUGAUGGCUUAAACAUUUUAUAUAAAUAUCACGGAUGUAAGUGACUAAAAAUGUUCAUCAAUAUGAUGUUGUUGAGAAAUUAUAAUAAAUUGCUGUUGAAGUUUAAACGUGUGUGCCAUUCAUCUGUUAUCAUUCUAGAUUUAUGUAGUUAUCGUUUCAACAGGUACCUUUUUAUCUUGCCAUGAUGAUAAAGUAAGAAAUUCUUGUCACAAAAGUUUUUGUAGAUAUAUCAAAGUCUACAAAUUGUAAAAUGCAUAAAGUAUCUUUGUCAUAUUAAUUAUGUUUAAUCUUUUAAUAUAAGUGAGUUAAGUCAAAUUAAAUGCCAUCCACUUUUUUAAGAUUUAUGAGAUAAGUUUGCUUUAUAAGCUCGCUCAAUUCAUGCACUUAGGUAAAGUAUAGUGUUAGAAUUAGUUCGAACACAAAUUGUUUCCGUGUUAAAGGCGCUGUGACUAAUACAUAUUCAUUAAUUUUUAAAAUAAACUCUACGGCUAUUUUAUUACAAUAAUAAUGACAUAGUAUCUAAUUACAGAGUGAUUAACAUGAAGGUGUGAUUUAUUCAAAAUAAUUACAAAAAUACCUGAAUUCCGAAUCCUAAUUAAAAAUUAAAAGGGUACUGAUUAAUAAAAUAGUAAAUGGAAUCAAUAAAACGAAUUAUAAUUUUAAAUGAGUCUUAGCCGCCAUUUUGCAUAAUUUACAAUGCUUAUGUAGUAGUCAUUUAUAUGUGGUCACAAGUCGUCCAUCAGAACAGAAUUAACAUUUUCAUCGACGGGAGUGGUUUGUGUACAAUUUACUUAGAGUUAUAUAUCAUAUUAUUAUAUACAUAAUAGUUUUCUGUCUUUAGUAAACUCUCGGGCCAUGACAAUAUUAUUAAAAGUCUAUUUUUGUAUGAAUCUCAUUUACUAAAGCUAAACUUAUUGUUAAUCAUCUUAUUUAAAAAUAAUAUACCACAAUAUAUUUGUUGCUCUGUAUGUCACAAAAUUCUAUAUUAAGUUUUGUCCACCGAUUUACUAUCCAAAAUUCAGAACCAGGUUCUGUUUGUUUGAAACAUUGGUCGCAGACAAAGUCGCCCAAGAUGUAAUUUUAAGUGAAGUGCCUAGUGCGGACGGUUCGACUAACUGCCAUAUUAUGACAUAGUUUAUAGUACUUAAUGAUUUAGUUUAGUAUUUUAUACUUAAUUGUUUUAUUGUCACACGUGUUGCAGGUAGAAAAUCGAAUUAUAAUUAAGAUUAUGCUAUUUACGUAUUUCUGAGAAAUUUUAUUGUGAUGCGCUGCGAUAGCGUUGUGACUGUUUUCGUCCUGCGCCUCAUCGAUAUCUUCCAUAUCAUUUAUUAUAAUAAUAUAAUCUUAUCACUCGUUAAUGACUAACCACUAUGUUUAUAAUGUUUAAAUCUCUCUAUAAAUUUUAUAAUUUUAUGCAUCGCAUUGCUCAAAGUCUGCAUUUACCUUAUACGCGGGGCGGACUCUAACAUUAUUAUAUUAUACCUACUUAUACGUAUCGAUGUAAUAUUUAUUUAUGUACUUAUUAUUAUAAAUUGUGCAGCUUUAAUGUUUUAACUUACAAUGAUGUUAGAUCGUGAUUCUGAAUCUCGUCAUAAGUCACAAACGUCAGUAGCAAUAAAGUACGUAAAUCAGUUGUAGUAGGUAGUUAAAUGGGCGUGUCCUCGCGGCGUCGCAGCCUGCGCCGCUCGAUGUCGUUGUGCAAUGAUUAUGUUUAUCGGAGUCGUCUAUCAUUUGUUCAAGCUCGCGCGCACUCAAACAGACCCAGCUUUUAACUGAGAAUUUAUAAAACGCGGAACAUUUUCAAACAGCCUUGAACUUUUUUUUAAGACAAUGUCAUAAUUCAUCAUAAUGUUAGCUUUGUUUGAGUUGCUCGAGCUUAUAUUUUUUGCUGCGUCCACAACGUUGUUCACGAGCGAUUCUAAAAAUCCUUUUUUUAAUUUUUCAAUCAUAAAUAUAUUUCAAGACAAGUAUUA